UCCCGGCAGCCCCCCGCCUCUCCUCCCAGCGCAGGGUAGCGGCGCGAUGGCGGCAGCAGCGGCGGCGGCGGGCUCUUUGGGGUCCGGGCCCGGGGGGGCUGCCGGCGUGGCUGGGCCCCUGACGGGUCCGUGUGGGGUAACGUCGGGGGUCUCUGGGGGGCUCGGGCCGGUCCCGGUGCCCAUGAACCUCUUCGCCACCUGGGAGAUCGAUCGCUCGGCGCCCAGCUGCGUGCCCAGGCUGUGCAGUCUCCGCCUGAAGAAGCUGACUGUGCUGAGGGAACUGGACAAGGAGCUGAGCUCUGUGCUCAUUGCUGUGAAGAUUCAGGGUUCAAAGAGAGUCCUGAGAUCCAAUGAAUAUGUUCUCCCCCCUGGUGGCUUGAUGGAGACUGACCUGGAAUUGACGUUUUCAUUGCAGUAUCCACACUUCCUGAAGAGAGAUGGCAACAAACUCCAAAUUAUGCUCCAACGCAGGAAGAGGUACAAGAACCGAACUAUUCUGGGCUUCAAGACUCUGGCAGUGGGAAUCAUCAAUAUGGCUGAGGUAAUGCAGCACCCAACAGACGGAGGCCAGCUCCUGGGACUGCACAGCAACAUCAAGGAUGUGAGCAUCCGGGUAGCUGAAAUCAGCAUCUACUCCCUCUCCAGCCAGCCUAUUGACCAUGAAGAUGGAAAUGUCCCCUCUGGUCCCAAAAUUAAAGCCUCUGAUCGCUCUCCAGAUAUUGAUAACUACUCAGAAGAAGAAGAUGACAGCUUUUCCUCUGAGCAAGAAGCUAGUGAUGAUGCAGUGCAUGGCCAGGAUUUAUAUGAUGAAGAGGACGAAAUGAGGAAGCCAAAGAAAGCCCGGCGGAAAAUGAUCAGGACCACAUCGAUGACCAGACAACCAAACUUCAAGCAGAAAUUUGUUGCCUUGCUGAAGAGAUUUAAAGUGACUGAUGAGGUUUUGGAUUCUGACCCAGUGGAUCAGACUCAAGAAGUGGAGGAAGACUUGGGUCUGCUUUACGAUAGCCUAGAGGAAUGCAACAACAGUGACAGUGGCCCUGAGAUAGAAGAUAAUGAAAGUGUCCACAGCACUCCAAAGCCUACCCUGAGGCGCUUCUUUGAGGGCGUCUCACACUCUGGUUCCCAGACUGAGAUCAGCAGUCUGCACGGCCAGAAAGGGCAAGAGCGGGAGUCGGGCAGCCCUGGAGAAGCAGAGAAGCGGAAGGUGGGUGUUCCCCGCACCCAAGAUGAGGCUGCUAUGGAAACAGCAGUGAUGGAAUUGGACGUGGAUGAAUCCUGCCCAGGGGCAGCUGAGACUGCCCCAAAGGAGAGCAGUGUGGACAGGCUAGCCCAGCUGAGCAGCGUCAGCAAACCUGAGUUCCCAGCCACUGUUUCCCCCAGCAAAGUUGAGAACAAGCAGCUGUGGCGACCCCGUAGCAUGUCUGUUAAGGAUAGGCAGAACUCCAAGGGCCAUGCAGACCGGACCAGCAGCCUGGACAGUGAAAGCUCCCCAGAUUCACGACAGAGCACUCAGGUGCCCCGCAAGUCUGUAUAUGAUCAACUGAACCAGAUCCUGGUCUCAGAUGAACAGCUGCCAGAGAGCAUCAUCCUGGUGAACAUCUCUGAGUGGCAAGGCCAGUAUCUAUGCGAUCAGCUCCAGGAGCACAAGCAGCCCAUCGUCUCCACCUGCUCCGUGGCAGAUGUCCAGGCUGCCUUCAACACUAUUGUUGCUCGCAUCCAGAGAUACUGUAACUGUAAUUCCCACAUGCCUCCUCCAGUGAAGGUGGCUGUAGCAGGGGACCAGAGUUACCUGAGCAUUGUCCUGCGCUUCUUUGUGGAGCAGUUGGCAAGCAAGACCCCAGACUGGCUCAACUACCUCCGUUUCCUGGUGGUGCCAUUGGGCUCUCACCCCCUGGCCAAGUACCUUGGUUCUGUGGACAACAGGUACAGCACUUUGUUUCUGGAUGCAGCAUGGAGGGAGCUCUUCAGCAGAGUUGAGGCCCCUAGUUCAGACACCGUGGAUGUCCCUGGCCGGAUUGCGCAGUUCAUUGCAGGCGCCAGCCUGUCUCACCAGCUGCCCAUUUCCGAAGCCAUGUUGACCUACAAACAGAAGAGUUCAGGUGUGUGGGGUACUUCACUCCCUGCUGUUCUCUGCUUGCCCCUACAGCCAACAGGGAUCGGCACGCAUCCAGACGAGGAUUCCUGCCAGAAAUUUGUGCCAUUUGUUGGGGUGGUGAAGGUGGGGCUUGUGGAGCAGUCCUUCAGCACCUCAGUUGACUCUGAUGAUGCUACCAUCUGUACCGCCUCACUUCUGAGCUCAUCCUCUCCAUCUGCUGGAGGGGUCCCGUAUACCAAGGAGUCAGUGGGUACACCACCACCUUCUCCAUCAGUCAGCAGUGGGCUCUCGGGAGCAGGCUCUCUGAGUCCUGGUGUGGAAGUGAUGGGUCUACAGGUCGAUUACUGGAUAGCUCAGGGGCUGGAAAAAAGAAAAGAGGCUGACAAGCGGGAAACAGGCAUCAAGAAUACCCUGAAAAGCAAUUUCCGUUCACUCCAGGUCAGCCGCAUCCCCAGCCCUGGCGAGCUGGCCCCGCCCAACACUAUGGCCAUGACUGUGGUCACCAAGGAGAAGAACAAGAAAGUGAUGUUUCUGAGCAAGAAACCGAAAGAGAAGGACUUGGAACCCAAGAGCCAAGUGAUAGAGGGGAUCACACGUCUGAUCUGCACAGCCAAACACCAAAACACCAUGCUACGUGUUUGUAUUGAUGGCGUGGAGUGGAAUGAUGUGAAGUUUUUCCAGCUGGCUGCCCAGUGGCCAACACAUGUCAAGUAUUUCCCAGUUGGCAUCUUCAGCUACACAAAGAACGUGUGAUAAAACAAAAUAGGCAGCUUGGAAGGAUCGGGGCUUUGCCAUGCAGAAUGGAGAGAAUCCCCGGCUCCGUUGCUUUUGCUGAAGAUUGACUGCCCGAUGCUGGAGCCCAGAUCUGGCUGGGGCCCUGCUCGCUCCACUUGCCAAAGGCAAGGAGCAUCCCGAUUUGCUUUACGUCUCACCCAUGAAUUUUAGUUUAACAUGAACUUGGGUCCUAGAGAAAUGGAAGACAAACCAGGCUUCUCCACCUGAAUUUGAGACUAGAAUGCCAGACCUGCCUUCUCUGAUGGCGGGGGUGGGCAGUCAGGAGUGGAAGAGUUGGAGGGGAUUCAUGCAGCUCCCCAUUGGACUUUGUGCCAGUGACAGCAGGGGAUCCUGUCCCCUUUCUGUCACGGGCAAGAAAUGGGAAUCUGGUUUCUUGACGUGCUGCUACUUUGUAACUGCUCUAGUAGGGAAUAUUGUCUUAGUGCCCUCCUCUAGGGUUGCCCAACCAGGCUCUCCCAGUUGCAUUUUGGGCAAGCUGGACCUCUGCCCACAAAUGCUGCUCUGCUGUCCUAUCUAACAAAUCACAGAGGGCUACUGGGACCUCAGCCUUCUGUCUCCUUGGAACACGAAACAGCUCGCUUUGUCCCUAUUGAAUUCUUUGGCCUCUCCCUGUUGCAAUAGGACUGGUGGUGUUCAGCUUCAUACUCUUGGAAUGCCUGCAGGAGGAGUCAAAGCAAGAGACAUACUGAGGUGACAGAAGAAAAGCCAUGAGGGGCAGUCGCUUCAGUUUCAGCAGCAGACACUCCUCUGCUCCUGACCACAUAGGGAGCUGCUGCAUUUGGGUUCCUACUGAGGUUCGGUUGGAGGGGGGGGGGGCAGCAGUGAAAGCUUUCCUGUUGAGCAGUUCAGGCCACAAGAGAUGGUGCAUAACUGGUGGACUUCAGAGUAUCAGUUGGUCCAGGACCUGCUACAAUUCUGCAGGCAGGAUGGGACAAGCUGUUGCAGCAGUGGAAGGGUGGGGUGAUGGGUUCUUUGCUAUUUUUAAGCACAGUAGGCUUCCUUUCGAGGGAACAGCAGAGAAGGUUGGAUGAGUGCCCUUCAGCGAGAAAAGAUGGAAACUACAUUAUUUGGGAAUGCAUACUUCACCACAAACUCUUCUGUUCCAUCUUUGUAGAGGGUUGGGGGGGGAGGUGUACUCCCACUGUGUCUCUCCAUUGCAUGUUUGCUUGUGUGUAACAGCACUGCUGUGUCCUACCUGGUGCCAGGGAGGCCUGCUAUUCAUGCAGGUGUAGGUCAGGCCAGGUUCCUGCCCCUCUUCCUCAAGCUCUAGCAUGGAAGGUGGUCUUCUGUAAUGAAAGUAGCUUGAGUAAUAGAGUUUGUUUUGUAGGCAGUGCAAGCCCCUAGACCAGCACUUCUCUCAAGCAGCUCCAAGGUCAGUCCUGGGAGCUGUAAGCUGAGCCAAGCUCCACUCCUUGUUGGGCUACCACCGUAGGUCAUGUACACUGCCAGGAGGACAAGGCGGGCAAGUGGGAGAAACACAGUGUUGUGGUCAGCGGUAAUGAACUGCAGGAUGGGGUGGGUGUUCAGACAGGAAAAAAUGUACUUAGGUGGUUUCAACAAGACAGCCAGAAAUCGCAGCUCACUGUUAUAAGGGUAGCCUUUUUAGGGCAUCUGCGGGUGCCUCCUUGCCCUCUUUGACUGCAUUGACACAGGCCCUCUUCCUUUCUCUUACGUCUCCCCAAACACAGCAGACUCCACGGCUAGAGCCUUGGCUUUCCUGGAGCUUGUGCCACUAAAACUGCCAAACCAACAACACCCCCCCCCACUCCACCCCGCCUUGAAAGUGUAUCCUACCGAACUUAGAGACCUAAACUGUGGUAUUGCGCCUGCCUGGCAGACGCAGCUGCUCGUGGUUAGGAGAGCAGGGAUGGUGGGUUAACCCUAUUUUUUACAAGAUUCUAUUUUUGUUAAACUUUAAUGUAAGGUUGCUUUCAGGAUUAAUUUUAAUAAAUUAAUGCUGGUACCAUU